AUGCGCAAGGCUACCGACUACAGCGAGACGGACCCCGAGCUCUCCUCCGUCCUCCAAGAGCACGAGAAGACUCUACGUUUGCCGUCCUUUAGCGCAGAGAUUGCCUGGGAGAUCGGAAGCCUGCUGAGGAAGCGCUUUGUCGAAGAGAAAGCCCCACUGGGGCUCUCGGCCGCGAUCCAGAUUCGCGCUUUCCCUGAAGGUUCCAGCAAGAACCCACUUGUUCUUUUUGCCACUACAGUAGGCGAUGUGAUGCCCGGCAUUUCUAGCCUCGUUGCAGGCAAGGCGAAUGUCGUGAGCUGGACUGGACGCUCCACAUACCUUUCGCGCAUCGACUUCAAAAAGCAUGGUAUCGACCUUGCAGAGUUUGGCCUGCCCUCUCCUGAGUACUUCAUGCAUGGUGGCGCCUUCCCCGUUCGUCUCGUGAAUCAUGAAGCGCCCGUUGCUGUCAUCAUCGUCUCUGGCAUGCCCUCAAUGGCAGACGACCACCAGAUCAUUGUCGACACGGUCGAGGCGUACUUGGCCAGCUUGAAGUAG